AUGGCCCCUCCCCUGUUUCUCCUCUGUUUCAUGCUCUGCAUUUCACACGCACACCAAAUGAUUCUGUUACCCUUAACACACUCAGUUUCCAAAACCCAAUUCAACAGUACCCAUCACCUUCUCAAAUCCACCUCCACUCGCUCAGCCUCACGCUUCCACCGCCAACGCCAAGCCCAGAACUCAAUCUCUCUUCCACUUUCAUCAGGAAGCGACUACACCCUUUCCUUCAACUUGGGUUCACACCCUUCUCAAUCCAUAACCCUUUACAUGGACACAGGCAGCGACCUCGUGUGGUUCCCAUGCGCUCCCUUCGAAUGCAUUCUCUGCGAAGGCAAAUUCAACGCCACAAAACCCCUCAACAUCACGCGCUCCCGCCGCGUAUCGUGCCAAUCCCCUGCAUGUUCCACAGCACACUCCUCUAUGUCCUCCCACGACCUCUGCGCAAUCGCACGUUGUCCUUUGGACAACAUUGAAACCUUUGAUUGCUCAUCUUCCACGUGCCCACCUUUCUACUACGCUUAUGGUGACGGAAGCUUCAUUGCACGCCUCUACCGUGAUUCUCUCUCUAUGUCCUCUCUUUUCCUUAAAAACUUCACUUUCGGUUGCGCCCACACCGCACUCGCCGAACCCACCGGCGUCGCAGGUUUCGGUCGGGGCUUGUUGUCCCUCCCUGCGCAACUUGCUACCCUCUUUCCUAACCUCGGUAACCGUUUUUCUUACUGUCUGGUUUCUCACUCUUUCGAUAAAGAAAGAGUUCGCAAACCGAGUCCACUCAUUCUCGGCCGCUACGACGAUUCCGGGGAGGGUAGUGAGUUUGUUUACACCUCCAUGCUUCGGAACCCGAAGCAUCCUUAUUUCUACUGCGUUGGACUUGCCGGGAUAUCCGUAGGGGAGAGGACUAUCCCGGCGCCGGAUAUGCUGCGGAGGGUGAACCGCAGAGGGGACGGCGGCGUGGUUGUUGACAGCGGAACCACAUUCACGAUGUUACCGGUGAGUUUGUACAACGCGGUGGUGAGGGAGUUCGACCGGCGAGUUGGGCGAGUUCAGAAGCGCGCGAGUAAGGUGGAGGAAGAAACGGGACUUGGACCGUGUUAUUAUUUGGAAGGGUUGGUGGAGGUGCCUACGGUGACGUGGCACUUUCUGGGGAAUGAUUCGAAUGUAGUGCUGUCUAGGGAAAAUUAUUUUUACGAGUUUUUGGAUGGUGGUGAUGGGAUUAGGAGGAAAGUGGGGUGCUUGAUGUUGAUGAAUGGUGGUGAUGAUACUGAGUUGAGCGGUGGACCCGGGGCCACACUUGGUAACUAUCAGCAACAAGGGUUUGAGGUGGUGUAUGACUUGGAAAACCAGCGCGUGGGUUUCGCUAAGCGGCAAUGCGCGUCGCUUUGGAAUAGCCUUAACCGUGACAAAAGCUAG